AAUCACGAUACCGAUUGCCAAGUAGACAAACAGGAAGUCAGGCCGCUAGCUAAUGAUGGGAUAACUUGUUCUUGAAAGUCAUCUCCAAUUCAGACGAUUAUUUCGUUGACAGUAGUUUGUAAGUGAAACAUACAAGAUGACAUAUGUAAAUAAAGGUUGAUAUGGCGAUAAGGAAACAACCUCCAGACAGUUGGACAAGCCCAGUAGUCAUGAACCCCAGUUCUCUCUGUGAGGGCCAGAGCCCUGAGGGUGACCCUCCCAGACGAUUGGUUCCACCUUUCCACCAUGUCUCUGGGAACUCAGGGCUCUGAUGGGAGCCAGGAUGACCCAGAGGAACCUGAGGAGAGAGGCAGACUCAAGUCCAAGCUGGUGUCAGCAUGGAACAAUGUCAAAUAUGGCUGGUCGUUCAAGUCAAAGGCCCGCUUCAGCAAGACCUCUCCUCUGACCAUGCUUGGACAGUCUUAUCUGCUCAGUCAUGGAGUGGAGAGGGAGUGCUUUCGCCGGGCCUUUGCCACUCUGCUGUGGCUGACGUACAGGCGGGGCUUCCCACAGCUGAAUGGUUCCUCUCUGACCACAGACAGUGGGUGGGGCUGCAUGCUGCGCAGUGGACAGAUGCUCCUGGCACAGGGGCUGCUGCUACACCUGCUGCCGCCAGGCUGGACCUGGCUCUCUGCCAACCAUGUGUCCAAAGAUGACAUGGAGGUACAGGAGUCUCGCUCCUUGGGUCCAGAGGUGACUAAGAAGGGAAGGAGGAAGAGCAUAGUGUCCUUCCUGGAGAGCCGGACUGAAGUUACUCACAGACGGGUGGUGUCCUGGUUUGGGGACCAUCCCAUCGCCCCGUUCGGGCUGCAUCAGCUGGUGGAACAGGGCACAAGCUCAGGGAAGAAGGCAGGGGACUGGUACGGCCCCUCCAUCGUAGCGCACAUACUUCGUAAGGCUGUUGACGCAGCAUCAGCAGAGGUGUCCAAUCUGACUGUGUAUGUAGCACAGGACUGCACUGUGUACAUAGAUGAUGUGGUGAGGCUGUGUGAGAGACCUCUAUCUGAGGGCUCCACAGGACCCAGUGCAGCCUGGAAGUCUGUCAUCAUCCUGGUCCCUGUGCGCCUGGGAGGAGAAGUCCUCAACCCCACCUACAUCAAAUGUGUCAAAAAUCUCCUGAGGUUAGAAUGCUGCAUUGGAAUCAUUGGUGGCAAACCCAAGCACUCUCUGUUCUUCGUUGGGUACCAAGAUGAACAUCUGUUGUGCUUGGACCCCCACUACAGCCAGUCCACAGUGGAUAUUACACAGGAUAACUUCCCCUUAGAGUCGUUUCACUGUAAGUGUCCCAGGAAGAUCUCCUUCAGUCGCAUGGAUCCCAGCUGCACUAUAGGCUUCUAUGCCAAGAGCCAGAAGGAAUUUGAGUUACUGUGCUCAGCUGUUAGCACGGCUCUCUCAUCAUCAACAGAAAAGUACCCCAUCUUCACCAUUGCAGAGGGUCAGGGACAGGAUGGGGGGCAGGAGGAUGAGAGCGAUGCACCCCCAAACUCUAUCACCCACAUUCUGACCAAGGACAAGGCGAGGCUGAGAAGGACCAAUAACAGCAACAGCAUGGAUGAGUUUGUGUUAUUGUGAAUUAACGUAGCAGGUAUAAAAGUUCUAAGCUAGGUUGAAUUAGCUGUAUCCCUGAAAACCGGAACAUCUGGUUGUUGGCAACUCUGCUAAGGGUGCUGUGAACAGACUGACUGAAUGUGGCCAGCAGGGAACAUAAUUCACAUACCAACUCAUACACACGGUUACUGAACUGAGCUUUAUCAGUGGCAGCUACUGACGGGGCACAUGCUCCAGCAUUUGCAUUUAUCCCCAACCUCCACAGGCAAUAACCAGGCUGGGUGAGGUGUUGCUGAAUAGAACAGGCCAAUGACACUAUUCUUGUGUAUUUAUUUGUUUGGGCUAAUUAUUUGUUUUAAGGGGACGUGUUUAUGAAUGUAACAAUGUUUUUAAAUGAAGGUUUUUGUAUAAUUGUUUUUAAUUUAAGAUUUUGAUAUCAGUAUGGUUUUGAGGUUCUUACGUUAAAUAACCUGCCUUCAACUUGGUUGUUUAUUAUUCUACAUGAAGUCAUGUGUGACUCUAUGCCUGGCUGAAAGACACUAACUGACCCCAUUUCAUCAUUGUGUAGAUAGGCUGCUCAUCCCAUAGUCCUCUCCACUACAACCUUUUGUUGAACUACUUUGUCCAGCAUUAGACUCUGAGCUGCUGUUUGACGUCAUGUGACAGGAUGUCUGCUCUGUGAAUGGAUUAGGAAAUUGGAUUCCUUAGACCUUGUGAUGUGCACAUGGAACCGGUGAGGGAAUCAAUUUGUCUUAGAGAUGUUGGUUUUGUGGUUGAGUGGGGAGAGUAUAAAAUAAUAAUUUUAAAAUUGCUAUCAGUCAAUUAAGAGGCACAUUCUGGGCAAUAUGGAGUUGCAUUUGCCCUGUUGUUUUUGGAAUGAAUUUUUUUACAUGGGAAAUGAGUGGCACAAUGCAUUCAAUAAAAGCUCAGUAAAAAUAAAUAAUAUCACUAAACUUCAUCAGACUGAUUUUAGUUUAGGCCAUACACAUUUGAACUAUAUGUUUAAAGGAUACCCUACAGUGCUACUUCAUUGCUUGUUAUUUUGGGUUUUAGCUAGGGUUUCUGUAUAGCACUUUGUGACCUGCUGAUGUAAAAAGGGCUUUAUAAAUACAUUUGUUUGAUAACUGAAGAGUGGUUUCUCCACACCCGAAAAAUCCCAAAAUUUUACUGGAUUUCUACGAUUAUAGCUAAAAUAAUGUCCUUGAUCUAGUAAAAAGAUCAGCCAUAAUCCGACAGGAAGUGGCGUAACUAUGCCUCUUUUAGCUUCCCAAAGAGGCUAACAUCUCUUGAUUAGGUCGCUAGGAGUUGAAUUAAGGUCGUUAUAGUAUUUUAACAAGAAGGUCCACAUUUAAAAAAUAAAAAUACAUGUGGAAAGAGACCUAAACAAUGUUAGUAUUUUUGGUUUAUUGAAAAAGUACAUCAAAAGCAGAAAUACUGAGUGGUGUAGUAUCUAAAAGGGAAAGUGCUGCACAUUAGUCUGUAGGUAUGGACCUCAUGUCAUGGCCAUACUGCUGGAAAUACAGGUGAGAGUGGUACUGUAGCUCAGGCAGCACUAGUCGCACACAGAGCCCCUCUUCCUGCAGAGUCAGGUUCCCUCGUACCUUGUAUCCCAGGAUGGUGACUGUGUCGGUCUGCCAGGGCCUGACCAGGUCCUCCAGCUCACCAGGGGGGACUCCUUCUCUGGCCACACACUUCUGUCUGAGCCUCUGUGUGGAGGCCCUCAGUAGGGCCACCUCCCUUUUCAGUCUCCCCAGGCCAUACUGCUCAGCUUUCUCCCAGAACACCUGCAGAAAUAAGUUGUAGAGCAGCACGUCCAGACUGUUCCAGGCCGAGAGCCUGGCCUUGGUGUCGUCCUCCAGUGGGGUGAUGUCCGAUGGGGCGCGGACGUUCAGGUGCACAUAGGCCAGCUCCUCAGGCUCCAGCUGCAGCAGAGCCCCCAGGAGAACCAGAGACUCAUCAAAGUGCUCAGCGAUCAUCACCAGCUGGAAGGCCUCCUCCAGCUGAGUCAGCUCCAUGGGCCAGGAUGCGUUCCACUCUUGGCUGCUGAGGCCCAGGUCAAAGCUCAUAGGGUUCCUGGCUAGGCCAUUCCCAGGUUCUGUAGGGUCCCAGUAGGACUCUGGGGCCUCCAGGAAGACAGAGAGGGCGGACUUCCUGUUAGCUGUGUCGGCUGCCUUUUUGGCUAGAGUGAAGGCGGGUACAGUGGAAGUGUAGUAGCUGAAAAUGGACUCAAAGGUCUGUAGAGGAUCACGCAGCAGGGUGAUAUAGAUGGUGUUCCUUGGCAUCACCUGUUUCACCUGUCCCAGGUCCAGCCGCAUGUGGCUGCAGAGCAUGUCGAACUGAGAGGAACCCGGUGGCAGCUCAUCUACAAAGUCUGCUCGAAACCUGGAGCCAUAAGGAAGGUUAAGCACGUUAAAGCAGUGAAAGUUAUCUGCAGUUAAUAUCCACCAAAUGGAGGGGCUCCAAAUGUACCAGAGACCCGACAGUAAAUUUGAUCAUCUGAACAUUGCAAUAGGAUAUAUCUACUCAUCAGAUGAAUAGAGGUAACCGUAUCUUACAGGAGAUAGUAGUCGUGCCCAUACCUAUCUGGGUAGCUGAACUGGUAUGCGUAAUAGGGGAAGGCGAAAGUGAGGUUCUCCUUCUCCCCAAGGCGGAACAUCAGAUUCUGAACAGUGCUGCUUCCAGUCUUGUGUGUUUUGAGGAAAGCUACAGGUGGAGGGCUCCUCCUUGUCCUCAUAAAGGUGUACCCAUUGGGGUCACUUUGAUGCUGCAGAUUGGGUGUCUGAACCGCCUUCCUCCUGUUAGGGCCAGUGUGGGAUGGUACAGGGGUGUUUGGAAGAGCAUUGUCGGAAAGUGCUCCCCUCUCCUCCACCUUAUGGCCCUUGUGCCCAGCAUAGUGGCUUUCGAAAAAGGAAAGCGACAGAGGAUUUCAUCAGACGUCUAGGUAAACAAAGUCUCAACAGGACUUAUGCAGCUUAGCUGUAUGCCAUGACAGAAAACUCCUCGGUAAUCAAUUCUGUAUGUAAAUGCUUUUUUAAUCCGUAACGCAUUUACACAAGUAUAUGUAGAAUUUCUCUGGUACAUUCACAAUAACCACUGAGCUAAAUCUAUUUGUUUUACCACCACCUACAGCUACAGACAGUGCAUAAUGGUGUGGGGAGAAAGAGAGAGACAGACUGUUCCUUACCUUGGAUGCUGCAAUGACUGAGUAGCCAGGAGCAUGAGAAACAAGGUGACACACAAAGCCAGCAGGAGACCCAUCACACGGUGUCUCCAAAGUUGGGUGGACAACCAGCGGAGGGUCAUCUCCUUUCUGUGGCCCACCCGAAACACUUUCCUCUGGAACCUUCUUCCCUCCUAGCAUGGUAAAUAGACUCUGGGACUUUGAAGGUGAGACUGGGUUCCGGAGCUUAAAGAAACUGAGACCUGACCUCACCCUCUAAGCUGGCUCAGCAAGACGUCACGCAGCAAGCAACUCUCCAGCCAAGAAGUUGUGAUUGAGUUUUUGGCUAAUAUAAGAUUUGAGACUGUCUAUUCUCAAGCUUUGCUGCUGUAAACAGUCAUAAGAUGCAACUGCAAUAUGAUAAGGCUAUCACUGCAAUCACUGGUUUUGUAUAUUAGGGAUGCCAAAUACUAAAAGCUAAAUUGGAUGAGAGACAAUGACAUUAAGGAAAAUAAAUAAAUACAAUAAAUUAGAUACAAUGAAAAUAAAUAAGAACAGAAAAUUCCCCAACACAAAGAACAGUAAAACCACCUAAAGAGAUAGAAAUGUAUUAUGCAGAACAAACACUGCCAUCUGAACAUUGGCCAAAAUGUUGACCAAAAUGCUACAACAAACACUCAAACUGAACAGUUUUAUCUCAAUCUCUUCAUUCAAAAACUCAAUCAUGGACACUCUUACUGACAGUUGUAGCUGCUUUGUAUGAUGUAUUGUAGUCUCUGCCCUUUGCUG